AUGAAACGCCGCGUGUUUACAGCGCGUGGUAGUAGAUUCGUAAAUGCAGAUGGACAAUAUACAGUUCGUCAAGAACAAGAUUCGCGUCCACACAUUUACGAAAAUGACGAAGGAAUGGAAGUUAUAGAAGAAGAUAAAUUCUCUCAUAUUGUAAAUUCAUUUACUUACUCUAAAAAACCAAGAAAAAAUGAAAGAUGGACAAUUGAAGAUACAGAAUUAUUUUUUAAGGCAUUGUCACGUUGGGGAACUGAUUUUGAGAUUAUAUCGAGAAAAAUAUUUAAUAAUAGAAAAUCUCGUGAUCAAGUUAAAAAUAAAUAUAAAAGAGAACGUAAAAUUAAUCCAUUACGUGUUUAUAAAGCAUUAGAUACGCGUAUUCCUAUAGAGCCAGAAGAACUGGAAAUUAUUUCCCAAUAUACUGAAGAACUUGCUACGCCACAAACAGUCAACAAUACUCAAGAUGCAAAUACAGAAGCUUCUAGUUUAGAAGCACACCAAGAUGAUACAGUAGACGUUGAUGGAGAAGGCUUAACAUUUGGUGUUGAAUUGGAUGAAGAUCAUCAAGGAGAGAUGGGUUCUGUAUUUUCUUUUGAUGGUUAUCCCGAUAUAGAUACUUUACCAAUGGAAAUGGAUUAUUAA